AUGGGUUUCACUGACUUCGUCUCCGACGCCGGCCUGGCUCUGGCCAACAACUACCUCUCCACCCGCAGCUACGUCGUUGGCUCUUCUCCCAGCCAGGCUGAUGUCGUGACCUUCAAGGCCUUCAGCGCUGCCCCCGACGCUGAGAAGUACCCCCACGUCGCCCGCUGGUACAAGCACAUCGCCUCUUACGAGAGCGAGUUCACCACUCUCCCCGGUGACGCCUCCAAGGCUUUCACUGCCUACGGCCCCGAGGGUGCUGACCUCCCCGCCAACCCCAAGGACAAGCCCGAGGAGGAUGAGGAGGAGGACCUCUUCGGUUCCGACUCUGAGGAGGAGGAUGCUGCCGUUGUUGAGGAGCGCAACCGCCGUCUCGAGGAUUACAAGGCCAAGAAGGCCGCCAAGGGCCCCAAGCCCGCUGCCAAGUCCAUUGUCACCCUUGAGGUCAAGCCCUGGGAUGACGAGACCGAUCUUGCCCAGAUGGAGGCCAACGUCCGUGCCAUCGAGAUGGACGGUCUGACCUGGGGUGCUUCCAAGCUCGUCGCUGUCGGCUUCGGUAUCAAGAAGCUGCAGAUCAACCUGGUUGUCGAGGACGAGAAGGUCUCCACCGACGACCUCCAGGCCCAGAUUGAGGAGGACGAGGACCACGUCCAGUCCACUGACGUUGCUGCCAUGCAGAAGCUUUAA